AUGCGGUUCCUGUUCAUCCGCCACGGCGAGAGCGUCGACAACGUCGCCGGCGUCUACGCAGGUUCGCGCGACUCGCCGCUGACCAUGCACGGGGUCCUGCAGGCUCGCCGCCUGGCAUCUCACCUGGCAGAGGGCGUCAAUGCCGAGAGCCCGCCCCUUGCGCAUGUCUUCUCGUCGACGCUGCGCCGCGCGGUCAAGACUGCCCAGGCCAUCUGCGACACGCACAACGAGCACCGCGACGGACAUCGCUUGUCCGUCGUGCAGGUUGCCGACCUGCAGGAGCGUCAUUUCGGGGCCCGCGAGGGCGUCAGCUUCCGCUCGGGCGGUGCUGCUGCUCCCGCGGCACCGGAUGUGCGUGCAGGCCAUGACGGCGCUGAGACGACGGCCGCGAUGAAGCGUCGUGCGGACUCGUUCCUCGACGACUAUAUUGUGCCGUUGCUGUCCUGCGACGUGGAUGAGCACGUGUCCUGCGCGGUCGUCGCGCACGGCAUCAUUCUCGCUGUUCUCUUCCGCGCGCUUGUGGACCGCAUGCCGCACGGGACUGUGGGCCUUCCCGCGGAGCAGGAACGCAACGGCCUAGUCGUCGGCGACGGUGCUCCGUUCGUCCUCCCCUCGUGGAGCAACACAGGGUACCUCGACUUCGUCGUGCGGAGCGUGGUUGAUGCACCCGCUCCGUCUCUGGGCUUGACCCCGUCGCUUCCGCUGUUGCUCAGCAUCCGGCGCGUCAACUGCACCGACCACCUCCGCGGCCUGCGCAAGACCCGCGGCGGCAUCGGCAGCGCCGCCUUUGACGAGCGGCAACGCACCGUAGACAGCUUCUUCACCCGGCCUCAGCCGCCGCCACCGCCUUGA